AUGGCAGUCACCAGAGCUUUGGUUAUGUUGGAAGAUUGCCACUGGAAUGUUCCUUAUAAGAAAAUAAGUGGAGAGACCAGCAUGCAGAUCAAGGCACAUUUAAAGAAUAACCUCUAUCAUCGGAGGGUCAAAAGAGUCAAUAAUGAGACAGGCUUAGGAGAGGAAAAUCAGUACAUUCUGGAGAGCACAGAGUCCUUUCUCUUAAAGUCUCGGCAGAAAACAGCUGGGGAAAGUGACAGUCUUGCUGAACAGAGAUCUCCCUCUACUCUACUGGAUGAAGACAUUGAAUCUAACAGAGAAACUCAUACUGGAGCAUGGACUCUAUCAACAUAUGAUACUACACAAGCAGAAGAUACAAACCCUGAGCCAUUACAGGAAGGGGGACUGUUGAAUGGAAAUGCUUCAAGUGCAGAGGCUAAGUGUUUCUUCAGUGGAAAUGGCAUAUGGAAUGAGUUUGGUGUAAAGGAAAAGCUAUCGGGAGAUAUCCAAAAUAGAUAUGUAGAUAACACUGAAGAUGAUGACUUUGAGAGGUUCUCUGAUGCUGAGCGCAAGAUAAUUCAAGGAUACAUAAAUAUACAGUAUACAUCAAGGAAGAAGGUUUUCAUGGUGUAUAUCUGUGGAGGAUACCAAGAUUCCUACCCAGAAAGGAAUGCGUUGUUUGUCAAGUGUUAUCCAGAUCUCUACAUCUACUUCAAGGAAAGAGGCAUUGAGUUCCGUAUGUUUGAUCUGAGGUGGGGCUUGAAGGAUGGCAUCAGCAAUGACCAUGUUAUGCCUGCCCUACAUCUUAAGACCCUUCAGGAAUGCCAGGAUGCAGGACACAAAGCAUUCUUUUGCUUUGUAGGACAGAAAUGUGAUCAGAUGACUAUCCCGGCUAUUUUAGCUAAAGAAAUAUUUGAAGGCAUCAAAUCAUUGCUGGAAACAAUGAAGACAACAGCAGCUCAGACGAUUCUUGGUGCAGCAGGAUUUACAGGAACAGAUGACUCCUCUGUGAAAGAUGGGAGAACAAAUGAAUCAGACUAUCAGCAGGAUGCUGCAGAGGAGAAGUCAACACAUUCAGAUACGGAAGACACACUUCAAGAUCCUGACGACAAGAACAUGUUUGAGCCAACUCACAAAAAACUGUCACUGAAAUAUGACAGAGAUCUAGCACUUCUUACACAGUGGUUUCAACUGGAUGAGAACUGCGUGCCAAGUGUAUACAGACUUCAGGCCAUCAGCAUGCAUUAUGGAGAUGUAUUUAGUAAGGAUCCUGUACGCCGACAACAAGCCAAAAGCAAAUGGAUUGGUACAAUGCAAAGACUGUAUGAUAUUCUCCAGGAAUACUGUCCUCAGGUGGUGGGUAAAGAAGCAGCGGGGAAGCUCCUAAAUUCAGUGGUUCAGCAAGAAAUAGACCAGGCGUUUAAUGUUGGAGGAAGCCCAGAAGAUCACUUUCAUUGCUUUAAACGAAUCAUCAGUGACAUUAAAUAUAACCUGUCCAGCAGUCGAACGUCUGACUACAUUGAUGUCCUUCCCGUUAAGCCUGAGAUCAAUAAGACCCUGUAUGAUGCCCAGCAGGCGCUUAUCAAGGGAAUUCAUCACAGGCUACGUCACACAAACAUCUACGAGUACAAUGUCAGCUGGGGAUGGGAAGGAAUAAAUCCUGUUAGCAACAGAUCUCAUGCAUACUAUCUGGAGCGCCUGUGUAGUGAUUUCCAGAGAAAGGUCAUUGGGCACUUCAGCAGAACAUGCAAAGUGCCCAGUGAACCAGAGAAGACUUGGAUGAGAAAGAAAUUUUUCCGGAAUCAGAGAAAUGAGGAGAUUUUAGAGCAUGCCGCGCACUGCUAUACACUAGUCCAGAACUUUCUUGGUCGAAAGUCUACUUUGAUACAGCUCCAAGACUGUGUGACGUCUUCUAACAGACGCCUGGUUGUAUUACAUGGACAGCCCGGCAGUGGGAAAAGUUCUCUGAUGGCUAAGGUGUCCGCAGAAGCAUCAUACUGGGUUGCUGGGGACCUGAGGGUCGUGACUCGAUUUAUCGGUGCUACUGGGAACAGCCGACACACUCGCCUACUGCUACAAAACCUGUGCUACCAGAUAGCUGAUAUAUAUAACCUGAAAACACAGUUCUCUGAGACUCUCAAAGGAUUGAUAAAUGAGUUCUCAACUGUUCUGGAAUUGGCUACUGAAGGUAGACCACUCAUGGUAAUCUUGGAUGGUACAGACGAGUUAUCAGAAAGUGAAGCACAUCUGUCCUGGAUACCCACAGAGCUGCCCCCACAUGUACACUUCAUUGUGUCUGUCUCAUCAGACUGUGCCUCCUUCAGGCAUUUACAGAAACUUACAUUGGAACAGAAUAUUAUUCAGAUACCACCAUUGAGUUCAGUGGAAAUUAAUGACACGAUUGAGUCUUGGCUAAACAGAGAUUGUCGUAAACUCACUGGGCAACAAAGAAGAGUCCUGAUUGAGGCCUGUACCUCAUGCCCUCUUCCACUCUAUGCAGUUUGCUCAUAUAUGGAGUCACAUCAGUGGACAUCCUAUACCACUGACCGUGAAAUCCUUUUGCAUCCUAAUAUCUCAAAGAUUUAUUCCUGGCUCCUAUCAAGACUAGAGAAAAAACAUGGAGACCAAGUAGUAAAAAAGACCACAUCAUACAUCUCAUUGUCCAGAAAUGGCAUAACACAAGAAGAACUCUUAGACUUGCUGUCACUUGACCAAGCGGUAAUGGAUGAAAUAAGACAGUACCAGGGAGUGGUAGUACCAGUGUUUCCAGAAGUACUCUGGAUCAAGUUACGUAAUGACUUUGGGAUCCACUUGGUGGAACAAAGGACAGAUGAGAGCUAUGUCAUUAACUGGGCUCACAACCAGUUUAGGUCUGUGUGUAUGAAUAGAUAUGUGAAGUCAAAGGAGCAUCAACUUUCUAUCCACUCUGCUUUUACCAAUUACUACCUGGAAAGUCAAAGUCGCCAUAGACUUAAUAAAAGUGAUAGUGUCACAGCAAUCAUGCCACUGUCAUGGGUGGUAAAGCAUGAAAACCGAGCUGUCCAUGUGUUUAACCUGCGUAAAAUCCUUGGAACAUCAUAUCAUCUGUUGCAAUCGAAUCAAAUACAACGUCUGGUAACAGAGUGCAUAUUCAAUUAUGAGUACCUGCUCCAUAAAGCUUGGGCUAGCUCCGUGGUGGAAAUCCAGGAUGACAUAAAAGCUGCUAUAAAUCCUGAGCGGCCAAUACUUGAUUUGAAUCUGCUAUCUGAAACUCUUCAGUUAUCUAUAAAGGUGUUACAGAGAGACGCCUGUCAGCUGGCAUCACAGCUCAAAGGACGACUGCACCAGAUAGAUGCCACUGACAUACCUGUUGCCCCCGGUGAUCCAAGGAAAUAUCCAAUACUGCCGUCCUUGAUGUCUCAGUGUCAGCAGUCCUCUAUUGCCACUUUCAUACCUUCGUUCACGUGCCUUCUGCCACCUGGGGGGAUUCUCUAUGACACCUUAGCAGGCCACACCGACAGCAUUACCGCCGUUGCAGAAGUGCAGGUUGAUCUACGAGCACUGACCGCUUCCAGAGAUGGCACCCUGAAGGUUUGGGACUUAACGGCGGGGAAGCCUGUAUUCACUCUUCAUGGCAUUGGAAAGAACACCGACUCCAUCACUGCGUGUAUGCAGAACAGAAUAAUCGCUGUUACUCAGGACCACAGUUUCCAGAUAUGGGACCUCUCAUGUAGUAAAAUGGUCUUCGCUGCCAGUGACUGUUUGGAUGCCCCUAUCCUGACAUCUGCUAUGGAUGGCCAGCUUCUCUUAGCUUUUUUUGAUGGAAGCCAUUUAGUUAAGGUGUUUGACUUGGCUGACUCCUGUAAGAUUAUCUGUCAGAUAGACAUUCCUGCCGAUGAAACACCAGUCCAUAAAAACCACUCCAUUCUGGUUUCUCGGAAUUCAUUUAAAGAGUACAUUGUAUUUGCCUACAGGAGUGGGAAGGAAGCCAUGGUACUGAAUGCCAGACGAGGAGCUGUUGCGGCCAAACUUACUGCACAAGAUCCAGUGGCUUCGGUUCAAGGUGUGGCUGUAACAAAGGAAUAUUUCCUACUGAUCUGCAGGUAUCCUUCGCCAAAAUUGCAUGACAUGGUGCAUAUAGAGCUUUUCAGUGUGCACACAUUUGCCUAUAUUCGCACAGUGAAGGGCUGCUGCAAUGACUUCAUUACCAAGUUUGCUGUGAAUCGUCAAGGAUCUCACGUGGUUGCGUUUUCUCGGCUCCCAAACGCCAAUACCACUGAGAUAGUAGUUUGGAAUCUAGAAACAGAGGACCAUAAACAUAUGGCAAAGUUUUCAUCGGUGCCACUGGGAGGAGUGUGCUUUGAUCUUCGGUACUGCCUAGCUUUCUGUGAAGGAGAGCACGUCUUACGAUCAUGGAAUUUAGCUAACCGUAUAAAUGACCAGUCUCUGACCGUCAACAUCAACAAUGCAAAGGUAGCCGAUGGGAUUCAAGAGAUUGUUACAAUGAAGAACUUUCCCAGAUAUGCGGUCUGCAGAAGUGUGAGGCCUGGGGUGAUCACUGUCUGGAACAUUGUGAAGUCAAAGUGUAAAAGCAGUGCUGUGCGCGUGGAGCGAGGAUUGAUGGAGAGCAACGACAUUGUGUUAGUCAGAGACAUGAAGCUUUACAUCCUCACUGACAGGGGUAUGGCCUCAUUCACUGACACUCCCAGACCUAUAUUUCAGACUCUUCUCACUUAUGAUUUGCUGAAGAAAAAAUACGUCCGCCGGCAGACAGGCCUCUAUGUUAUACCUUGUCCUAAGCAUGAGUACAGGGUCCUGGACAAAGGACUACUCCUGGGGCUUUCAGAAAAUAGGGAUCAUUUUGUUAUUUGGAAUAUGGAGACAGGCUUUAUAAAGGAUCGGCUAAGGCCACAAUUUAAGUCUUUGGCCCUGGACAUAAUGGCAGACAAUGACAUAUCUAAGGAAACUAUUAAGAAAAAAGUGAAGCAGCGAAAGAAGAAAACGAAUGAGACAGUUAUUAUCACACCAUGGGAAAGACGCAACGAGACCAAAACUGCAAAGCAACGCAGGAAGGAGAGGGAGAUAAAGCAAGAGAUGGAAAGGAUCCAACAGCUGGCUAAUGAGAAGAACAACGCUAUAGAUCAGUACCUCUUGAGUGAGGAUGAAAAGGUGAUCGUAUGCUCAUACUAUGCCCACCACCUCUGUGUGUUUAGCCUGGAGACCGUCACCCACCUGCAUACUCUGGAGGACAAGACAUCAAUGCUCUUUUUACAUAAUGCUGCUCUGACAUACAAUGGCAGUUUCUUGGCUCUCUCCAAUUACUGUGAUGCUGACAAAACUAGCUAUGUAACUUUAUGGGAUCUUCAGAAUGGACUGGUCAAGAAAAGACUGAAAAAUGAACCAAAUAUUUGUUGUGUGUCUAUCACCGACGAAGCUGACAGAAUUGCUUUUGGAGUGUCUUCUGAAAACAUACUGAAGGUCUGGGAUCCUUUCAGGCGUAAACACAAGAUAAUUCCAGGAUAUGAAAACCUCUGUCUUACAGUACACAGCAAAAUACAAAUCAUAGAAAGAGGAUCAAAAGCAAUCUUACUAUCAGGUGAUGUCAGCUUGUGGGACCUGGACAAUGGAACUGUGGUUUCAGUUUUCACCCCUGAUAGUAAAAUCUGUUGUUUGACCUUUGCUGCUGACAGAAAAACCAUUCUGAUUGGCAUGAGCGAUACACCUUCACUUGUCACCCUCAAGAUUGCGUCCAAAGAUAAAGACAGCUCUUAUUAUGUAGGGACAGAUCUAUUUGGAGAAGAAUCUACAAGUAGCGAAGAUGAACCUGAUGAGAAAGACCAACCAUUAAGGAUCUAAACUACAAAAUGAUAAUGAAUCUAAUAUAUAAAACUGAG